UUUACAUGUUCUUCUUUCCGUAACUUCAAAUAUAUGAUGCAAUUAUUAAUGAAAAUACGAAAAUAUUUGGACAGCUUUAGUCAAUAUGGCAGCCCCCAUGAAAAAUGUUUUCAGAGUCUUCAGGGCUUGCUCAGUUUACAAAAAUAUCGGAUUCGGCUACACGUACAGAACCAGAGCAAUAGCAGGAUAUAUACGACUGAUAAGUUCACGAAAACAUUCGUUCUAUAGCAAAAGUUUUCAUCCUUCCUGGAAACAUGGAAGCUAUAUUGGAGUCGGAAUUUGGAGUUUCUUCACCAUGAAAAAAGAAGAAGUUGACGAAACUGAUGAAACUGAUGAAGAUAAAGAUUCAGGUGAUGACCAGAAGGAUAUUGAGCACUAUGUCAGACUUGCUAAAAUGGCACAGCUGAAACAAGAAUUUGAUGAAGCGGACAAGUACUAUCACCGAGCUUUGAAGGUGGCGAAUAAGAAAUUCAACAAUGAGAAAAUAUCAAAAAAGUUCAGUAUACAAGCGAGGACUUAUAUAUUUGAUGGAAUGGCUGACAUGGCCCUCAGUCGGGGCCAGUUUGAUAAAGCAGAGCUUUUAUACAAAGACACACUAAAGGGCUACCUAGAAACUGGUGGUGGACAGAAAGACAAUGCAAUGAUGGAGCUCACUCUAAAACUCUCCAGUCUCUAUGCCAUGACGAAGAAGGACCAUGAGGCAAGACUAGGAUUUACGACAGUUAUAGACUGUCAAGAGGAAAAGGUUAAAGCUAAUCCAGACUCUGACAUAGAUACAUAUGGUCUGUUAGGAAUUGCUCUACAGACUUACGGCCGAUUUCUCCUCCACCAUGACGAACUAGAAAAAGCAGAAACUGUUCUCUGUCGUUGUGAAGAAAUAUGCACUCAUGCAGUGGGUGAGAAUUCCGCUCAGAUGCUGAAAGUGUUAAAUGAUAUUGCAGCCGCGCAGAUAAUACAAGCAAACUAUGCCAAGGCGGAGGUGACACUACAAAAGGCUUUAGUGAUAAGUCAGAAAACAGAGUCAUGUGACGCUGUGUAUGCUAUUUACAGUAACUUGGGAGCAAUCUCCCUUAAACUUGCUCAACUGGAUAUAGCUGAGUCUAGAUGUACAACAGCUUUAAAACUGGCUAGAGACGCUAAAGACGAGUUUGCCCAGAAACAAGCUAAACAUUGUCUCCUGAAAGUGAAAGAGGCCAGGAAAUCAUCACCUAUCAAGUAAUGAUGUAUAUCUAGUAUAUCUCCUAGCUAUUCAGACAAAUGACUUUCUUCAGAAGUUCAAUACUUGUUCUAGUGACUUGAAGUUAAAGUGAGAUUUUAAAAUCUUAAACAAACUAGAUCAGUACAGAGUACUAUAUUCACCUUAAUUAUUAUCCUGAAACAUACUGUGUACUUGCAAAGGAUGGAAAGGGAAUCACACAAAAAGCAAUAAAUUACACUAUUGAGUGUAACAUAUUUCAUUAUUUGCUAUGAAAAUGCACACAUGAUUGCUAACAAAGAAGUCCUAUAUAUAUUGCCUCAGACAAGGAGUGUUAUUAUCACCUUUAAACUCUUAUAAGAAAUAUUGUUUCUUUUUGUCUCAAGUACUGUACUGAAUUAUUUUGUACUACUUUUUGAGAAGACUGGUAAAUUCCUGUUAUUGAUUCGUAGAGAGUUGGUAACCCUGGUAUAUCUAUCAGAUACGCAACUAUCAGUAUGGUAGUGAUAGAAAGCCUUAGCAUUGACAGAUAUUGACCGAUAACCCUGGUUACAUUUGUAUAACAGAUAUUUUGUUUGGUUACCCUAGUAUUGACAAAUAUUGACCAGUAACCCUGGUUAUAACAGAAUUUGAUUUGCAACCCUGAAAUUGACGGGUAACCCUGGUAGUGCUGAUUACCCUGGCAUCAACAGAUAUUAACUGGCAACCUUUGUAUUGACCGGUAACCCUAGUAGUGCUGUACAUGUUUUCCCUUGCAGUGACAGAUUGACAGUUAUCCCUUGUUUAUAUCAUGACAGUUAUUGACUUGAAAAACCUGGUAUUAAUAGGUUACCCUGUCAAUGAUUCAUAACCCUAGCAUUGAUAGAUAUUGACAGGUAACCUUUGUAGUGCUGAUAACACUGGUAUUGACAGAUAUUGACUGGUAACCCAGGUAUUAAUGGGUAACAUUUGUAGUGACUGGUAACCCUAGUUUUGACAGAUAUUGACUAAUAAUCCUGACUUAGUUAUGACUGAUAACCCUGGCAUUGACUGGUAGACUUGGUAACCCUGGUAUUGAUUAGUAGAGACUUAUAACCCUGGUAAUGACAGAUAACCCUGGCAUUGACUGGUAGACUUGGUAAUGACUGAUAACCCUGGCAUUGACUGGUAGACUUGGUAACCCUGGUAUUGAUAAGUAGAGACUUAUAACCCUGGUAAUGACAGAUAACCCUGGCAUUGACUGGUAGACUUGGUAACCCUUGUAUUGAUUAGUAGAGACUUAUAACCCUGGUAAUGAGGGGAAGAUACUGGACUAGUAACCAACUUACCCUUGUAACUAAAACUAAGACAUAUUCACCUUUAAAUUUGUUGAGAAUUGAUUUAAUUAGGCCAGGUGUUUCUAUUAGGUAAAUAAUAGAUCAAUUAAGGUAUUUAAACACUUGUUGUUUUUUUUUGUACAUGUGAAUAUUCGUUAUGUGAAAUGUCAUUUAAAAAAGUUGUGAAAAUUGAGCUUUAUAAGUCUUAUUAUUUAUAAGAGAUUUAUUAGAUAGGUAAAUACGCAUCUAAUGUGUUUUACUUUGGUUAACCUAAUACAAAUUUUUGAUAUUAUUAUCUGUUAAAGCAAGUUAAAGCAAUAGAUCUCAGGCAGGGUUUUCCUGCAGAAUGUGUUGUAUAUAUAUAUAUGUAUUUGUUAUGUAUGUUUCUAGAAUACAGGUUUUAUUGAAUUUGAGUAAACAGAUGUUGAAACUAA